AUGCCAUCUCAAGAGUCGAAGGUGCCGAAGUUGAAGUCGGCCAAGACGGCCACUGCUACCACCUCAAAGCCUGAGGUCAUGACUACUAGCACCAAGCCUCGCUCUUGUGCCGUGGCUAAGGCCGUCCUCCCUCCGUCCCCACCUCUUUCUACCACUUCGGAUGAUUCUUUCCACCAUUCGGAAGCGGCAUCAUCCACGGGUGGCUUUGAUCGCGCCAACGUCGUUCGCAACGGCGGUGCUGCGUUGUCUGACAUCACUACGCCUCCCACCACUCCUCCUUGUCAGCAGACCACCUCUCCGGCUUCGUCGGAUGGCCUGGACCUUGCUGGCGAACGACUUUUGAAGAGACAACUUUUCAACAGGUCUCGGGUGGUUGUCAAUGAGACCUUGAGUGCUCGUCUCAUCCAUCACUUCGGGGCCCACGACCAACGGCUUAAGGAGAAAUUCCCAGAGCAAUAUGCCAACGGUAUCCAUGAGUUUUAUGACGGCUCCAACAUUACCGUUAGCUUCUACAAUGCUGAGAAGAAGCGACGUGGCAUGGAUAAGAAGGACUAUUUGCCUGCCUUCUUCAGUCUUCCCGCCUUUCGGGACGUGCUGGAACGCGAUAGGCUGGUCAAGCGGCGUUACAUUGCUGGCUCAAAAAAUAAGAUGGGCGUCGAGCCUCAAUACCUGUUACAGGCACGAUGCCUCGGCUUCGAGACCCAUGUUUUCGAUCGAGUGCGCAAGUUUCCUGCGUCUUCUGACUCCGAGGACGAGUUCCGGGGACCGCAGAUGCGCGAGCAGGGUGUCGAUGAGCUAGUCCAUCUCGGCAUGGCGGAAAGCAUGUUGGACGUGAAGCCCAGCAUCAUGAUUCUUGCUACUGGAGACGGCAACGUCGGCGAAUUCUCGAAGGGUUUCCCCGAGUUCGUCAAGAAAGCUCUGAAAAGAGGCUGGAUUGUCGAGGUCUACUCGUUCGCCGAGAGCGCCCAUUCUGUCUGGAAAGACCCUUCCUUCAUCAACGACCCGGAGUGGGACGGCCGCUUGAGCUUCCAUCCAUUGGACAGCUUCAUCCACGACUUUGUCGACCCGAGCAGGGAUCAGGUCUCUCACCCUGCCGAGUCUGCCGCGGCCUCGCGCUCUUACAACAAGAAGAGCAAGGCGGUAAAAACGAUGAAGACCAUCACCAUUCCGGUUGACUCUCCGGCUUCCAACUCUGUACCUCAGCAGACUGCCGCCGUCUUCCAAUCACGAACCUGUACCCCGGUUGCUUGGUCUGUUCAGGCUUCGCCCGUCAAUCUACCAUCAUCCGUUCACAGCCCGCAGGGGGUCUUCGCCGACGGUGCAACGGGCUACUUUGCUACGCACACGCAGCAAUUUGCCCACAGCUACACGGCGUCCUAUCCUCAGUACCAAGCCUCUUCGCAGUCUUAUCACUCGUAUUACCAGCAGAUUCUGGGAGGCUAUGACUACACUGCCGCUCUGGCGAGGAACCCUGCCAUGCCCGUCACCUCACCCUCUUGGGUGUAG